AUGGGCUUCAUCUUGAAAGACCCGCCGCCCGACGACCGGUGGGACUGCCACUACUGCGACGGCGACCCUGGGCAACAUCGCCUAGACGAGAUCAUGGACUUCGCCGAUGGAGGAACAGUCAUCUCCGACGAUGGACACCUUUCUGCAUCUCCUUGGGCAACGCCAACGACCACCCCGAUGCGCCGACAGCCACGCUACCCGGCACUCGGACAGCCACGCUGCCUUGCCUCGACCUCUUCCACUGAGUUGGUACCGACUCAGGGUUGUGACCCAACUUGCGCCAUGCAGUCCGCUUUCUCCGUUGACGGAACUCCCAUCGCAAGCGUCCAGAGCCCGGUCCUUGUCCUUGCCAUCAUGGAACACUUUGUUCCAAAUGUCCCACUGACACCGCUGCACCUCGGCCAGCUACAAGAGCCGCUUUCUGACUUCAGAAUGGCGUUUCUUGGCGAAUCCGAGACCUGCUGCCUAGAGCUCCCAACGCCUCGGCGAUCAGGAUCACUCGAUGGCUCCAUGAUGACCUUUUCGAUUGCUGUCUGA